AUGUUGGUAGAUAAUUGGGACGAUCCAGAAGGAUACUAUCGAAUUAUUCUAGGUGAACAACUUGAUGGUCGCUAUCAUGUGUAUGCCAAUCUUGGUAAGGGUGUGUUUAGUGCUGUAGUCAAAGCUCGGGAUUCUGAAGAUGGCGACAGAGAUGUUGCUAUUAAACUGAUUCGCAAUAAUGAUGUCAUGUACAAGGCGGGACUAAAGGAGCUUUCUACUUUAAAGAAACUUGCAGAAGCCGAUCCAGAUGAUAAAAAGCAUGUGGUCCGGUUACUGCGACAUUUUGAACACAAGAAUCAUUUGUGUCUGGUAUUCGAGUCUCUCAGUAUGAAUUUGCGUGACGUUUUGAAAAAGUUUGGUAAAGAUGUUGGUAUCAAUAUCAAAGCUGUCCGUAUUUAUGCACAACAACUAUUCUUAUCCCUCUCGCUAUUGAAAAAGUGCAAUAUUUUGCAUAGCGAUAUUAAACCAGAUAAUAUUUUGGUCACGGAAAACAAAUCUGCGCUUAAAUUAUGCGAUCUUGGAUCUGCAUCUGAUAUUUCCGAGAAUGAGAUUACACCUUAUCUAGUCAGUCGAUUUUAUCGUGCUCCAGAAAUUAUGCUAGGACUCACAUACGAUUAUGCACUGGAUAUAUGGUCCAUUGGCUGCACACUCUAUGAAAUGUCGACAGGAAAGAUUUUGUUUCCAGGUCGCAGUAACAAUCAUAUGCUGAGAUUGAUUAUGGAUCUCAAGGGCAAAUUUCCUCACAAGAUGCUCCGCCGUGGCCAAUUUACUUGCGAGCAUUUCGACGAUAGUCUAAAUUUUUUACAGCAAGAGACUGACAAGAUUUCAGGAAAGGAUGUUGUCAAGACAGUUACUUUGAUCAAGCCAGUAAAGGAACUCAAGCAGCGACUUCUUGUUGGUGUGAACAAACUUCCCGAAGACGAACAGUGGCUUAUGAACCAGUUUGUUGAUUUGCUUGAUCGCAUGUUGCAUUUAAGUCCUGAACGCAGAUUGACAGUAAAGGAAGCACUUACUCAUCCAUUUAUUUCUGGAUCUAAAUGA